AGUGUUUAUCGUGAGCAGAAUGGUGCAAUGAUGCGGUCUACUAUUGUCUCAUCUAUUUUGGUUGACCAAAUCAAGGAUAAACCAUCAAUUAAGCCGAUUGAAGUGGUUAAGGAUUUCAAGAAAUACUAUGGUUUAGAUAUUUCUUACCAUAAUAUUUGGUAUGAAAAGAAGAUGGUAAAGAAUCAUUCUUGUACAAUCAAUGUAUCUGCUCUAAAGAUACACUAA